ACUAACAUUCACACCUCGGACAAGUUAGUGUCUUUCUAAUAUGAAUGUUUUGGGAAUAUGGGAGGAGAAACGCCACGCAAGCACGAGGAGAAGAUGCAGAUGCAAACUCCACAGUCAUAUCGAAUUUGAAUCUGAACCUAAUAAUUGUGAAACACAGGUGUGAACCACAAUUUCACUAUGCUGAUCAUGGCCAACCUAGGUAAAGCCACUUUGUCAUUCUGUCUGUUGAAUUGUAUCAAGAUAUUUAGGGGGGCAUACAGUGAAGAUGAGGAACUUUUGGGAUGCAGAGUGGGUGCUGGGGGGCGGUGCGGUGGACAAAGAGCGUGAGUAUUCCACCCUAUCUGUCUAGCUCUGCUGCCAGUGGGUCAAAGGAGAAGCAAUAAGCCCAAUGUCACGCCGCAGAGUGGGUUUCUGCCUUAGUGACAAGAAACGCCGGAGGAUGAAUCUGGACGCCUUUGCAGAGCUCUGUGCGGACCAUGGAGUAGAGGUGGUGGAGAUUGAUCUUUCUCAGCCACUUGGGCCCCAGGGACCCUUCGAUGUCAUAGUUCACAAGCUGUCCGAUGUCAUCGUGGAGGCGGAGCAUGACAGCCAAGCAAAGCAGCUCCUGGUUAAUUUCCAGGCUUAUGUGUCAGGUCACAGCAGGACAGUUCUUCUGGAUCCCCUGCCUGCCAUGACCCAAAUUCUAGACCGCUUCGCCUCUUACCGGAUCAUGAGCAAUCUGCAAAAUUUACUCCAAGACUGGCACAUUUGCAGUCCUCCAUACCUUGAGGUCCACAGUGCAAGUGACAUGCCUUCCAUUCAACAGAAAGUGAUGACUCAGAACCUGAGCUUCCCUCUCAUUUGUAAAACCAGAGUGGCCCAUGGUUCUCUUUCCCAUGAGAUGUCGCUGAUCUUCAGUGCGCCAAGUCUGGUGGAGAUCCAUCCUCCGUGUGUCCUCCAGAGUUUUGUCAAUCACGGAGCAGUCCUGCACAAAGUGUUUGUUGUCGGAGAAAGACACUUCUGUGUGGAGAGGCCUUCACUCAAGAACUUCCCUGCUGGGCCAUGUGAUAGAGAGACCAUCUUCUUUAACAGCCAGCAAGUGUCCAAACCAGAGUCAAGCUCGGAUCUCACAGCUCUGGAUGAGCAAAUGCCCUGCCUGCCUCCUCCAAGCAAGGAAGCUGUUGCUGCCCUGGUCAAAGAGCUGCGCAUUCAGCUCGGCAUGGCCCUGUUUGGUGUGGAUGUCAUCAUCAAUAUACACACAUACACUCUCACAGUUAUUGAUAUCAACAUCUUUCCAGGUUAUGACGGUGUACCCCAGUUUUUCUCUUCUCUGCUCAGCCACAUUGAGUCAGUGUUGGACAAACAAGCUUCUUCUGCAGACUCUCCUGAGAUGACCAAACACAAAGGGGCGAGAAGCCUCUGAGAAAUGAUUGUCGUGUUAAGUUAUUCUAAUCAGAACAUGGGCAGCAAAUGUGCUUCAUAUACUUUUAUUGAUUAAUAAAUGGCAUAGAUGACACAGCAGGCACAUAACACAGCAGUCUAUUGGCCUGUAAUAUAUUUGUACCAAUUUUAAUGGUUGACUCUCCUCCAGACACAUCCUUCAUUUACCUUGCUGGUUGAUACAUCUUACACAUAUGUACAAAAACAACUCUAAAGUACAGUAAACAUUCUUCAAUUGUGAAGUGAACAAUCUUUGGAAUGGAUCGUAAUAAUGUUAGUAGUGUUAAUUAUUAGUGUGUGUUCACAUCAGAUUGUAACUUUUGGCUCCACCUAUAGAAAAAAAGAGAAUGAAUUUAAUAAACAAGUACUGUAUGUGCACUUAAAACACGUAUUAAAAUACCUGCUCUAUUGGCU